AUGAAUAUAUAUUCACGAUUUUUGAGUAGAUAUUACUUUGGUGCAGUGAAGAUCUUCAAGUUGCCUGAUUUAGGGGAAAAGAUCAAGGAAGCCACUAUUAAAAAAUGGCAUGUUAAGAUAGGAGAUCAUGUGAAUGAAUUCGAUCCUGUUGCGGAUGUUUCAACAGAUAAGAUGUUCACUCAAAUUCCAAGUAAUUACACAGGGAAGAUUCAUAAGUUGUUCCACUAAGAGGAUGAAACAUGUUUAGUGGGUGGAGAUUUCUUAGAAAUAGAGAUUGAAUCUGAUAAUCAAGAAUCAGCAACACCAUAGACUCAACAUCAUUAAGUGAAAUAAGAAGUCACAAAAUAAUAAGAAGUACAUUAAACCAUAUAAACUAACAACAAUGCUUCAAAUCAUAAAUUAGCAACACCAGCUGUCCGUCAUUUGGCAAAAUAAAAAGGAAUAGAUUUGAACAAGAUUUAAGGCAGUGGUUAAGAUGGAAGAAUUUUAAAGACAGAUCUUGAAAAGUAAACAUAAUCACCAAAAGAACAACCAUAAUCAUCCACUAAAAUCAACAUUAAAAGCGAAUCCGCUUCCACUGUCAUCAAAAUGUCAGAUUUUCAAAAGGGAAUGCAAAAGUCAAUGACUGAAGCCAACUCUAUUCCUCACUUAUACUUAAAGGAAGAGGUUGAUCUCACAGAAUUAGCAUAAAUGAGAGAAUAAUUGAAAAAAGAAAAGAAUAUCACAUUCAUGACACUACUCAUUAAAUCCUUUUCUUUGGCAUUAACCAAAUAUCCUAUAUUGAAUUCAACAUAUGAUCCAACAAAAUAAUUCGAAUAUACAUAACAUUCAUCUCAUAAUGUGUCUGUGGCUUUGGACUCUCCUAAAGGUUUAGUGGUGCCUAAUAUCAAAAAUGUAUAGAAUCUGUCGAUUAGUUAAAUACAAGAUGAAUUGAAUAGACUAAGAAUUUUAGGAGAAAAGGGACAGUUGAGUUUUAAUGAAUUAUCUGGAGGCACAAUUUGUUUGAGCAAUAUCGGUACUAUUGGUGGUACUUAUACUGGUCCUCUUAUUCUCGCCCCAUAAGUGUGUAUAGUUGGGAUUGGUAGAUUGAUGACUGUGCCAAGAUAUGAUGCUAAGAUGAAUGUUGUUCCAAGGAAAAUUAUGAACCUAAGUUUCGGUUGCGAUCAUAGGGUUAUUGAUGGAGCAACUGUAGCAAGAUUUAAUAAUGUUUGGAAAACAUAUUUAGAAAAUCCAACAUCUAUGUUUAUUCAUCUUAAAUGAUUAUUAAGUUGAGGGUAAAGAAAUAAAAUUUAUAAUAAUUAAAACUA